CUUUAUUUUUCAUAAAGUAGGCGCCGUCGAGUUUUACAUGUGGCAUUACAAAAUUUCUCUCAAAAAUCCAUAAAUACCUGUUUGGCCAAAAUCAAAAUUACCUAAAUUCCCCGUGUUUAGUCAUGCGUGAAAUUGUCGCCCUACAUCUUGGGCAGUGUGGUAACAAAAUUGCGAAUAGUUUCUGGGAAACGGUUUGCGACGAGCAUUGCCUGAACGAGCGCGGUCAGUUCGUAGGUAAGCACUUCCUGCCACUGCAACGAAUCAACGUUUAUUUCGAGGAGGCUCCUUGCUGUAAUUUUGUACCCAGGGCCAUAUUUGCGGACCUGGAACCGGGUACCCUCAAUGGAUUGCGAAGUAGCAGAUUUGGGAAACUCUUCUCUCCGGAAAGCAUGAUCAGUGGAGUUCUGGGAGCAGGGAAUAACUGGGCCCGCGGAUAUCACACGGAGGGCGCUGAAAUGAUGGACAGGGUGAUGAAUGUCGCCCGGAAGAUGGUGGAGAGUUGCGAUUGCUUUCAAGGGUUUCAGCUGGUGCAUUCGAUUGGAGGCGGCACCGGAUCCGGAUUGGGUACACUUUUGAUGGAAAAUUUGAAGGAUGAAUAUCCUCGGAAAAUAAUAAACACAUUCAGUGUGAUACCAUCUCCAAAGGUUUCCGAGGUCGUAGUCGAACCGUACAAUGCGGUGUUUACUUUAAAUACAAUGAUCGAUUGUAGUGACGAAACCUUCUGCUUGGACAACGAAGCUCUUUACGACAUCAACAUGAUGACGCUGAGAAUUGACAAACCUGACCUGGACGAUUUGAAUCACCUCAUAUCGAUGGCAAUGGCGGGAAUCACCUGCAGCUUCCGUUACCCAGGUCAACUCAACUCGGACCUCCGAAAACUAUUAACCAACAUGGUUCCCUUCCGGAAGCUUCAUUUCUUCGUCCCUGGAAUUGCUCCGCUAACGUCGAAGGAAAAUCAGUGCUAUAAACAGUUGUCCGUAUCGGAAUUGGUUUACCAGUUAUUCGACGAAAGAAAUCUUAUGGCGGCGUGUAGUCCCACGAAAGGCAGAUAUCUUACGGCGGCUGCACUAUUCCGAGGUCGCGUUUCAACGCGCAACGUCGAGGAACAGAUGGCGAACAUCAAGCAGAAAAACAACAACUGUUUCACCCCGUGGAUUCCGAACAAUGUGAAGUCGGCCAUUUGCGACAUUCCACCGCUGGGAAUGAAAAUGGCAGCCACGUUCAUUGCGAAUACAACCGCCAUCACGCAACUGUUCGGGCGGCUGCUGGAUCAAUUCGGAAUAAUGUACCGCCGGAAGGCGUUUCUCCACUGGUACACCGGAGAAGGUAUGGAGGAAAGUGAAAUUACCGCAGCCGAACAAAAUCUGCGAGAACUUAUAAGCGAGUAUGAAGCUUACGAAACGUCAUCGGAUGGAGCAAACUCGACCAGGGGCUCGUUCAGUGAUGAUUAAAAUCGGAUUGGGCAUUAUUGCAUCGAAAAGGUUCAUGUUUUUUUUUAAUUAGCUAUGUAUCUAUAUCCUUCAAUUUCUGGUUAUAUCGUGUUUAUAAAGCAUACGAUUUUUGAAGCUGCUCCAUAACAACUCUGAGAUGAAGUGCGAUGAAAUGAUUAUCUUACAUCAAUUCUAUCAUCUACUCUACAUGGAAAAUUCGACUGCUAUCGAAAACUGUAAAAUUCAUUAGAUUAUGGAUUUCGAGAAAAUGAGCUCACAUAAUCACUUGGUUUAAUGUUUACACGGUAAGAAAUC